AUUAUUUUUUGUCGGUUAUUCAUGUAUUAACCGGUGCGAGAAUUUCCAUCUAAUAGGGACAGACUAAGUAUCAACUGAAGUAAAAAUGCCGGUCAUUGAAGAAGUACCAGAUGAUGAACCCACAGCUGGUCCAUCAACGUCAGGAAAUGAUGGUCCUGGUACCUCCAGUGAAGAUACUGCUCCCCCUCAACCUCCAGCUGGUUACAACUGGCAGGCAUUAACAGUUUAUAUAUCAAAUAAUAAAAUUAAUACGUCAUUAUGGUUAUCAAGAUGGUUCACCGUCGCUUGUUGUAUAGUAUUUAUAAUCCCUAUAUUUGGAUCUGGGUAUGCUUAUGCCGCUUAUCAACGUGCAUUAAUUAGUAAUGGACUCACGAGUGCGUUAAGAUUACAUCAGAGAUUACCACGAAUUCAGUUGACAAGGGAGUUCUUUGGAAUGAUGUUGCUAGAAGAUAGUUGCCAUUAUCUUCUUUACUCAUUGCUGUUUGCAAAUUCCCAUCCAAUUACACUGGUGUUAACUCCCGUCAUGCUGUAUGCAUUGCUAUAUGCCAUGAAUUAUACACGCACCCUACUAAAUAUGCUGAACCCCAAUGCACUACCUGGUGUACACAACCUCAUCAACAAAUUAGCUGCCAAACAACAGCAGAUAUUUCGAUUUAUAGCUUUAAAUGAGAUCAUCUUAAUGCCCUGCAUCAUUUUUAUGAUAUUCACGGGUAGAUGCUCACUGAUACUGCCGUUUAUUUAUUAUCGUUUCUUAACCUUUCGUUACACGUCAAGACGCAAUGCGUAUUGUAGAACAAUGUUUUAUGAAAUGAGAGUUGUUGCAGAGAAUUACAGCCGGCAACCAAAUUGCCCUGGUUUUGUCAGUAAUAUAAUAACAAAAAGUAUCAUGUUUUUGAAUAGACUGGCUCCACCCACAGCUACUGCACCACAACAACAGAGUUGAGGAUAGAUAACUCAGAUAUAUGUUUAUUUAGUUCUAAAUAAUAUAAUAUUGAGUGAAAUCAAUGUACAUAAAUAUAAUAGUGUAUUUAGAGUUGUGUGUCAUCAUGUGUAGUUACCAUAGUUAUGUAUG